AUGGCGUCUUCGCAGGACGCUUGGUAUCUGUCGUUGUUAGGGCUAGCAGAAAACUUUCGGACCUCGAGCCCGCCGAAUAUCAAAUCGUGCAUACAGUGUUUGCAAGCGGUUUUCAAUUUUAAACCGCCCCCGAGGGUCGAGGCCCGCACUCAUCUUCAACUUGGUAACAUCCUCCUUACGCAUACCAAAAACAUCGAUUUGGCGCGGUCUCAUUUAGAACAAGCGUGGCGACUGAGUCAGAAUAUAAAUACUUUCGAUGAUGUUAAAUUCGAGGCAGCGAGUGUGGUUGCGGAGUUGCACGAACAGCAACAACAGCCAAAUCUUAGUAAACCAAUACUGAGGAAAGCUAUUGAACUUUCCCAACACAAUGUAUAUUGGCAUUGUAGACUUAUUUUUCAACUCGCACAAAUACAUGCAUCAGAAAAAGAUUUCGUUGCAGCUAGCAGUUUACUUGCAGUGGGCGUUGAUUAUUCUCAUAUCAGCAAUGCAAGUUACACGAGGGUCCUGUUCUUAUUGAGCCGCUGCAUGCUUUUAUUGAUAGAUAAAAAGUUUACAGAAGUUCAUCCCUUAUUAAAUACAGCUGGGCAUCAUGUAGAAAACUGGCAGGGUAGUCCACAUCAAAAAGAAUAUUUAAAAGUAUAUUUUUUGGUACUUCAAGUUUGUCAUUACUUGAUGGCAGGACAGGUUAAAAGUGUGAAACCUUGUUUAAAACAACUGCAACAGAGUAUACAAACUAUAAUGUCUCCUAGUUGGCCCGCGGACGAGAUAGUCACAGGCUCGAAUAUAGGAGAUAUGUUUAUAUGGAUGCCAAAGGACCAUUUGUACGUUUUGGUGUAUUUAGUAACUGUUAUGCAUUCGAUGCAGGCUGGUUACAUGGACAAAGCUCAAAAAUAUACGGACAAAGCAUUAAUACAAAUUGAAAAGCUUAAAAUUGUCGACAACAAACCUAUACUUUCUGUUUUUCAACUGAUGCUGUUGGAGCACAUAGUAAUGUGUCGAUUAGUAAUGGGGAAUAAAAGUGUGGCUCUGGCAGAAAUUUCGCAAGCUUGUCAGCUAUGUAGAAAGCAGCCAAGAUUAUUGCAAGGGCAUAGGCCACAGUUACAUGCUUUAUUAGGGCUGUACGCGAUGUCGAUGAAUUGUAUGGAGGCAGCGGAAGCACAGUUUACGGCUGCUCUUAGAACAUCGCAAGAAAGGGAGCUGUGGACUUUCGCAAACUUAAACUUGGCAAUAGUAUACCUUAGGACGAAAAGGGACGCAGAUCUGGGUGCUUUAUUGGAACGAAUAAAUCCCGAAUCCCUUCCGUCUCAUUCCCAUUCUUUGAGGGCAGCUGCUUACUACGUUCAGGGUCUCCAGGCGUUUUUCGGAGCAAGAUACAACGAAGCGAAGAGAUACCUCCGAGAGACGUUAAAAAUGGCCAAUUCCGAGGAUUUAAAUAGGCUUACUUCGUGCAGCCUAGUACUUCUGGGACACAUAUUCCUUUCCUUAGGAAACAGCAGAGAAUCCAUGAACAUGGUCACGCCAGCGAUGCAGUUAGCUUCUAAGAUACCUGACGUUCAUGUACAAUUGUGGGCUACCGCUAUACUUAAAGAUUUAUACAGAAUUUGCGGGGACCCGAAUCGUGAAAGUGAGGCGUAUCAGAUGCAUUGCACGUUCUCGCAAACGCUUCUCAAGGAUCACUUUCAGAGCACGCAGAUGGGCGAACACACGUUAAUACAAUGGACUGAUGGGCCUGUGCCUGCCUUGCCGAACAACCCGCCACCCUCGACGUCGCAUGCAAUUCUUUAA